GGAGUACUGCGUGCAGACCGGCGUCACCGGGGUCACCAAGUCCUGCCACCUGUGCGACGCCGCGCAGCCCCACCUGCGGCACGGCGCCGCCUUCCUCACCGACUACAACCAGGCCGACACCACUUGGUGGCAGAGCCAGACCAUGCUGGCCGGGGUGCAGUACCCCAGCGCCAUCAACCUCACCCUGCACCUGGGAAAGGCCUUUGACAUCACAUAUGUGCGCCUGAAGUUUCACACCAGCCGGCCCGAGAGUUUUGCCAUCUACAAACGUACCAGGGAAGAUGGCCCGUGGGUGCCUUACCAGUACUACAGUGGGUCCUGCGAGAAUACAUAUCAGAAAUUAAACCGAGGCUUUAUCCGAACCGGGGAGGAUGAACAGCAGGCACUCUGUACAGAUGAGUUCAGUGACAUCUCUCCACUCACAGGUGGCAAUGUGGCUUUUUCAACACUGGAGGGGCGGCCCAGUGCCUACAACUUUGACAACAGUCCUGUGUUACAGGAAUGGGUGACGGCUACUGACAUCCGAGUGACCCUUAAUCGUCUGAACACCUUCGGAGAUGAAGUUUUUAAUGAUCCAAAAGUUCUCAAGUCCUAUUAUUAUGCAAUUUCUGAUUUUGCUGUGGGGGGCAGGUGCAAGUGUAAUGGCCAUGCAAGCGAGUGUGUGCAGAAUGAUUUUGGGAAGCUAUCCUGUAACUGCAAACACAACACCUUUGGGGUAGACUGUGAGAAGUGCCUUCCCUUCUACAAUGAUCGUCCAUGGAGAAGAGCAACAGCAGAGAGUGCCAGUGAAUGUUUGUCUUGUAACUGCAAUGGGCGAUCACAGGAGUGUUACUUUGAUGCUGAACUGUACCGCUCCACAGGCCACGGUGGUCACUGCAUUGGCUGCUUAGAUAACACUGAUGGUGCCAACUGUGAAAGGUGCCGGGAGAACUUCUUCCGCCUCGGGAGUGAGGAAGGAUGUCUACCAUGUAACUGUAACCCCGUUGGCUCUCUCAGCACUCAGUGUGAUAACUUCGGCCGGUGUAGCUGCAAACCUGGUGUGAUGGGAGAUAAAUGUGACCGAUGCCAGCCAGGGUUCCACUCCCUCUCAGAGGCUGGGUGCAGGCCCUGUUCAUGCAAUCCUGCUGGCAGCACCGAUGACUGCAGUAUUGAGACAGGGCGAUGUACCUGCAAGGACAAUGUGGAGGGAUUCCACUGUGAGAGAUGUAAACCUGGAUUUUUCAAUCUGGAUCCCGCCAAUCUGAGAGGCUGUACUCCUUGUUUCUGUUUUGGUCACUCCUCAGUCUGCACCAAUGCUGUUGGCUACAGUAUCUACAAUAUAGUCUCCAACUUCCAGAAUGGGGAGGAGGAGUGGCGUGCUGAACAGCGAGAUGGCUCUGAAAUUUUACUCCAAUGGAGUGCUGAGACCCAGGACAUCUCUGUUAUCUCAGACAGCUAUUUCCCCAUCUAUUUCAUUGCACCUGGAAAGUUCUUGGGAAACCAGGUUGUGAGUUAUGCUCAAAAUCUGACCUUCUCCUUUCGGGUGGACAGGCAGGACACUCGUCUCUCUGCAGAGGACCUCGUGCUUGAAGGGGCUGGGCUUAGAGUAUCCGUGCCUCUUAUUGCUCAGGGUAACUCCUAUCCCAGUGAGAAUACAGUGAAGUAUGCCUUCAGGCUCCAUGAAGCAACAGAUUACCCAUGGAGGCCUUCUCUUAGGGCAUUUGAGUUUCAGAAGCUGCUUCACAACUUGACUUCUAUCAAGAUCCGCGGAACAUAUAGUGAGAGAAAUUCAGGGUACCUGGAUGAUGUCACUAUUGUGAGCGCUCGUCCUGGGUCUGGAACCCCUGCGACCUGGGUGGAGACCUGUACGUGCCCAGCAGGAUAUCAUGGACAAUUCUGUGAGCACUGUGCCCCAGGUUACAGGAGAGAGACACCUAGCCUUGGGCCAUACAGUCUGUGUGUGCUGUGUACCUGCAAUGGGCAUAGUGAGAGCUGUGACCCAGAGACUGGUGCUUGCAACUGCAGAGAUAAUACUGCUGGCUCUCACUGCGAGAAGUGCAGUGAUGGGUAUUAUGGAGAUGCAACUACCGGCACUUCCUCAGACUGUCAGCCUUGUCCGUGCCCAGGGGGCACCAGCUGUGCCGUAGUGCCCAAGACUAAGGAGGUGGUGUGCACCAACUGUCCUGCUGGUACCACAGGUAAAAGAUGUGAGCUAUGUGAUGAUGGCUAUUUUGGAGACCCGCUUGGUGAAAAUGGCCCUUCCAGACUUUGCCGUCUCUGCCAGUGUAAUGAAAACAUUGAUCCCAAUGCUGUGGGGAACUGCAACCGCUUGACAGGGGAAUGCCUGAAAUGCAUCUACAAUACAGCUGGCUUCUACUGUGACCGUUGCAAAGAUGGUUUCUUUGGGAACCCCUUGGCCUCCAGUCCUGAGGUUAAGUGCAAGGCUUGUAGCUGUAAUCCUUAUGGCACAGUGAACCAGCAGACAAACUGCAAUCAAGUAACUGGGCAGUGUGAGUGCUUGCCACAUGUCAGUGACAGGGAUUGCAGUGCCUGUGAGCCCGGCUUCUACAACCUACAGAGUGGACGUGGCUGUGACAGGUGUGACUGCCACCCGCUGGGUUCCACCGAUGGCCAUUGUGACAUACAAACUGGUCAGUGUGAGUGUCAACCGGGCAUCACCGGGCAGCACUGCGAGAGAUGUGAGGUCAACCACUUCGGAUUUGGACCUGAAGGAUGCAAACCGUGUGACUGUGACACCGAGGGCUCUCGCUCCCUACAGUGCAAGGAGGAUGGUCGCUGUGAGUGUAAGGAAGGCUUUGUGGGGAUUCGUUGUGACCAGUGUGAAGAGAAUUAUUUCUACAACCGGUCCUGGCCUGGCUGCCAAGAGUGUCCUGCAUGCUAUAGACUGGUUAGAGAUAAGGUGGCAGAACAACGCGAGAGGUUGCGGGAACUAGAAGAUCUUAUCGCAAACCUUGGUGCAGGAGAUGAAACGGUGACUGAUCAGGCCUUUGAGGAUAGACUGAAGGAAGCAGAGAGAGAGGUCAUGGACUUGCUCCGAGAUGCACAGAACAGCAAAGAUGUGGAUCAGGGCCUGAUGGACCGUCUCAAGGAAAUUAACAGCACUCUGGCAAGCCAGCUUGGCCGAUUAAAGAACAUUCAAAAUACAGUGCAGGAGACUGAAGGCCUAGCUGAGCAAGCCCGAAAGCGAGUGGAGAGCACAGAGGACCUAAUUGAAGUAGCUUCUAAUAUGCUAGAGAAGGCAAAGAUGGCCGUUAACAAUGUGUCCAUUACCCCACCAGACUCAAGUGGUGACCCUAACAACAUGACUCUCUUGGCAGAAGAGGCUCGUAAACUAGCUGAACGACACAAACAAGAAGCCGAUGACAUUGUGCGCAUAGCAAAGGCAGCAAAUGAUACAUCCACAGAGGCCUAUACAUUGCUGUUGAAGACACUGGCAGGAGAGAACCAAACUGCAAAUGAUAUCGAUGAACUCAACAAGAAGUAUAAUCAAGCAAAGAACAUUGCUCGAGACCUAGAGAAACAGGCUAACAAGGUGCAUGCAGAGGCGGAGGAAGCUGGGAAUAAAGCCCUACAGAUCUAUGCUAAUCUCACCAGUCUUCCUGCUGUGGACUCCAAGGCACUAGAGAAUGAGGCAAAUAAGAUCAAGAAGGAAGCAGAGGAGCUGGGUCAGCUCAUUGACAGGAAGUUGAAGGAUUAUGAGGAUUUGAGAGAAGACAUGAAAGGGAAGGAGCUGGAAGUGAAGAAUCUCUUGGAGAAAGGAAGGACUGAACAACAGACUGCCGACCAGCUGCUGGCCCGAGCCGAUGCUGCCAAAGCUCUGGCUGAAGAAGCUGCCAAGAAGGGAAGGGACACACUAGAGGAAGCCAAUGACAUUCUCAGCAACCUGAGAGAUUUUGACAAGCGUGUGAACGAUAACAAGACAGCCGCUGAGGGAGCACUGAAGAAGAUUCCUGCCAUUACCCGAACCAUUGCUGAAGCUAAUAACAAGACACAGCAAGCAGAGCUGGCACUUGGUAAUGCUGCUGCUGAUGCCAGGGAAGCCAAGAGCAAAGCAGAUGAUGCUGAGAAAAUUGCUAAUUCUGUCCAGAAGAAUGCUGCAAGUACAAAGUCUGAGGCCGACAAGACUUUCUCUGAUGUGACAGAGUUGGACAAAGAAGUGGAUGACAUGCUGAAACAGCUGCAAGAUGCAGAGAAGGAGCUAAAGAGGAAGCAGGAGGAGGCUGAUCAGGAUAUGAUGAUGGCAGGCAUGGCUUCACAAGCUGCCCAAGAGGCAGACGACAAUGCAAGAAAAGCUAAAAGCUCUGUUAACAGUUUGCUCACCCUCAUUAAUGACCUUCUGGGACAGCUAGGGCAACUGGACCCAGUGGACUUGAACAAACUGAAUGAAAUCGAGGGUACUCUGAAUACAGCCAAAGAUCAGAUGAAAGAUAGUGACUUGGACCGGAAAGUGACUGAAUUGGAGGAUGCAGCCAGGCGGCAGGAUGAAGCCAUACAGGCCUAUAACAGGGACAUUGAAGAUAUCCUGAAAGACAUUAACAAUCUGGAAGACAUCAAGAAGACCUUGCCAUCUGGCUGUUUCAACACCCCGUCCAUUGAGAAACCCUAAGGGUGUGCUGGGGGUGGGGUGGGGGCAUUCCCCCAGCGUCUGGUGGAGCAAUUGUUUGGCUAUGGAGUGCCUUAACACACAGAUUACCUUCUUCAAAUCCCCAGCUCUCCGCUGCUCACAGUUGCUAUUUUCUUUCCAAAUCAGGAAAAGUUGCAAAGAUUUUUAAAGAGAAGCAAAUUAAAUAUCCAUUUUUGGGCAUCAGAAAGUUUUUAAAUAAAUUUUCUCUUCCUCAACACUCCACUCUGCCCCUCUCUUAUACACACCUCCCUUUGAUUUGCACAAGGAUGUGAAAUGUUUUGGACUACUCUUACUGUGGUGCAGAAACGACCACGUGAGCCGGUGUACAGUGGGGCAAACUAGAUCUCGUUUUUCUUCUCUUCCCCCUUACACCUUAAACCCCCCUCAGUCCCAGAUUUCUCUGUUUCUAUGAAGGAAAGGUUUGGCUAUCGAAGUAUUACUACAAUGGCCAGUAUAGCUGCACUCAUAAAGAACGCUAAUCCCCUUCUUCAGGUAUUAACCACCUCCUUCUUUUUUAAACAGAUCUACAUAAAUUAAUGGCUAAUCAAAAACAUUGGUAGCCACCUAUCAUAUGAUUUAGCAUCUGUCUAGCAUGCAGUAUACCCCUCUGCUGAGAAGAGAGAGAUGCAGCUGUGAGAAGAGCUGGUGGGAGGAAAGGUAGAGGAAUGAGGUGAUAGAUCUCAAAACAUUACUGUUGGCCUGUAGAACAGAAAUGUCUCUCAUCUGUGAACAGCUGCCUGAGCUUUUUCUUCAGGUAGGGAAGCUUGCAAGUGAUCAGCUCUGAUCUCCUCAGUAAUAGCUACUAGGAGUCUCAAAAGAAAACAUUCAGGGUUACAGAGAGACAGGGUUUUUUUAAGCCACUAAGAUAAUUUUGAAGAAGAAAGCAAAGAGCUCUUAUCAGUUAGCCUGUCUAAAUAUGAAGCUGUGAUGUCUUCAGAUAGAACAUGGGUGUCUGUAAGGGUCUGUUUCUCCACCCUCUUGCUAUCAGGGGAUGGUGUCUUUACACUACAGUAUCAGGCUUGCCUUUGUCCAAGGCUG